UUUGAAACGCUUUUAAAUAUUGCCUCCUCUUUUCAUUUCUCUUCACUAAACCACCUUCUUCUCACCACUCUCUUUCGCUCAUUCACCAACCAAGGUUUCAGUUUUCGAGCAAAUGGCCAAGAUCAAGAUCGGAAUCAAUGGAUUCGGUAGAAUCGGCCGUUUGGUCGCGAGAGUCGCUCUGCAGAGGGACGAUGUCGAGCUUGUCGCCAUUAACGAUCCAUUCAUCACCACCGAGUACAUGACGUACAUGUUCAAGUACGACAGUGUGCACGGCCAGUGGAAGCACCACGAUGUGAAGGUGCAGGACGAGAAGAGCCUUCUCUUCGGUGAGAAGUCCGUCCGAGUCUUCGGAUGCAGGAACCCUGAGGAGAUCCCAUGGGGCGAGACUGGUGCCGAGUAUGUUGUGGAAUCUACUGGAGUCUUCACUGACAAGGACAAAGCUGCUGCUCACUUGAAGGGUGGUGCCAAGAAGGUUGUGAUCUCCGCCCCUAGCAAAGAUGCCCCAAUGUUUGUUGUGGGUGUGAACGAGAAGGAAUACAAACCCGAGCUGGACAUUGUUUCCAACGCCAGUUGCACCACCAACUGCCUUGCUCCAUUGGCCAAGGUUAUCAACGAUAGGUUCGGCAUUGUUGAGGGUCUCAUGACCACUGUCCACUCCAUCACCGCCACUCAAAAGACUGUUGAUGGUCCCUCAAGCAAGGACUGGAGAGGCGGAAGAGCUGCCUCAUUCAACAUCAUCCCCAGCAGCACUGGAGCUGCCAAGGCUGUUGGUAAAGUGCUUCCAGCUCUAAACGGAAAGCUGACCGGCAUGUCAUUCCGUGUCCCCACCGUUGAUGUCUCAGUUGUCGACCUCACGGUCAGGCUAGAGAAGGAGGCCACUUAUGACGAGAUCAAAGCUGCCAUCAAGGAGGAGUCGGAGAACAAGCUCAAGGGCAUCUUGGGAUACACCGAGGACGACGUGGUUUCCACGGAUUUCGUUGGCGAUAGCAGGUCGAGCAUCUUCGAUGCCAAGGCCGGAAUUGCACUGAGCAAGAACUUCGUGAAGCUCGUGUCGUGGUACGACAACGAGUGGGGAUACAGCUCAAGAGUGAUCGAUCUGAUUGCUCACAUGGCAUCUGUUGCAUGAAGAUGAAGGCCUUUUUUCCCCCUCUUAAUUUCAUCUUUCCGGCAUUGUUUUGUGGCAUUUCCCUUUCUAGUUAUGACCGAAGAGUCGAGAGACUUGUAAUAAAUCAUGUGACUGCACCUCUUUUUAGCAGUUAUUUGAGUCGUUACCUUUAAAUGAAUUUUCCCAUGAUA